AAAGCUUGCGUCACAAAAAAAUCAUAUCCCAAACAAACAUUGCGAAUAGAGAGUGGGGUGUGCACCGCAAAAGUACUUAAAAUUUAACCCCUCCAAUAGGUACUGUGAAAAUAAAUUAAAUACAGUGAUUAACACCAAACGCAAACUUCUUCCUAAUCCAUCGAUGUUGUGCGUGUAAGAAAACCUAGAACGGAAGUAACUUCCACAUAUCUCAGCAGUGCUGCAAAACGGAACACCAGAAUGUUCGACAAUAACAUCAACAAUUACGUGCUGAAGGUAGAGUUGGCUAAAUGUUUCGGCAAUCUUGGGACGGUUUUUCUGGCACAGCAUCGACCUACCCGGCAGCAUGUAGCCGUGAAAAAGUUCCUAGUGGAGGAUCUGAAGAACGACAUUACAUACGUAAUGGAUGAGGCGAAGCAUCUCCGUGAGUUCGACCAUCCGAACAUCCUCAGCUACCACACCGCGUUCGUACACAACCUCGAUCUGUACUUUGUCCUGCCGCUCAUGUGUUACGGCUCCUGCAGGGAUACGAUGAAUAACUACUUCGAAAUAGGCUUCCCCGAACCGAUCCUGGUGUGCAUUCUGCGGGACAUCCUACAGGGGCUGGUGUAUUUGCAUUGGAAAGGUUACAUCCAUCGAUCGAUCCGAGCAAGCCACGUCUUUCUAAACGAGACGCGUGCCGUACUGGGAGGCUUCCGCGUAUGCACCAGCUUCCUUGGUGAAGGUAAACGAAUACGCAACCUGCACGAGUUGCCGCCACACUCGGUGAAAUCACUAAACUGGUUGGCUCCGGAAGUUCUGGCACAGAACCUAACAGGCUACACGGAAAAAUCGGACGUAUACAGUCUAGCGAUGACGGCAUACGAGCUGGCGAACGGUGUGGAACCGUACUUCAAUAUUACGGCCACGCUUAUACUGGCGGAGAAAUUGAAGGGAGGUGUCUACCUACCGAUGCUGCUGGAUGCCACCACCGUACCGAGCGAAGACGCAACCCAGCCGAAUGAAGCGGCCACCCCAUUGAGGCAAAUCUAUGCCUCCAGACAGUUCUCCGAUGCGUUGCACAAUUUUGCCGAGCAAUGUUCGGAAAGGGAUCCGAAGAAACGACCCAAUACAUCCGCCUUAUUAUCACACUCCGUAUUCAAGCUGGUUACUCACACGAACAUUAGAGAACAGUUUGCGCUGCACUGUAUACAAACCGUCGACUUUGAUUCAAUCCAAGAUUCCGACAUCAAUCUAACCGAAAGCUUCUCGCAGAUGCGCAUGGAAGCUGGGGGUUCCUUCGAGUGGGAUUUUGAUGAAUCGUAACGAUGGUAAACAAACAAACAAAUGUUCCAUCUGUUGUAAAAGGAGUGGCAAGGCCGUUACUAUAUGAAUAGAAAAAAUAAAAAGGCAGUGGAACAAGUAGUUAAUUAGACAAACUUAUUCGAUUCCUACAAAUGUUGUAACACAGCGCGGAAGAUACAAGCAAGCUAAUAGAAAAGAAGAGGAAUAAAAAAUGGCUUCGGGUGUUUUUUCAUCAUACAUUUAAUUCCAUUACUAUUUGCAAACUGAAGAUCGCGAAGAAGUCAUCU